AUGGUGGACGGCUCAAAGCCAUUGAUAACGGAAGCAGCCAUGGACUUCGAUUCAGGCGAAGAAAGCAUUAUCUCUCUACACUAUGAAAAUUUGGGUAAUCAUUGCUCUAUAUGCUACCGACUCUCCCACUUACAGUCCCACUGUCCGGAGAGACCCAUCCUCGUAGCUACACGCCAGACUGAUACCAAGGCGGUGGGACAACCAAUUCGGCAGACAGCUCCUAUCUCCUCUCACUCUGUUCCUUGGAACCCAACAACAGCUACUGAGGGUGACAACAGACCUUACCAACAACGUCUGGAUCGACAUGGGAAGCCGUUUGGAGACAGAUUCUCAACGGCAUUGUUCCGUCCAACUGGGCCGAAAAACAAAAUCGCUCCGAGGCUGCCACAUGACUAUGAUCGCAGCAAGGAAAAUCUUAGAGAAAAUGAUGAGAAUGAAUACUCAUCUCCACCUUAUACAAGACGCAGACUCAACAAUCACGGUGAGGCCGAGAGGCGGGAAAACCAUAGUACAAGACACCAUGGCUCCCCAACUCUGCAAUGGCGAGCAAAAUCACCGCUGAUCAACCCAACUGACAAAGGAUAG